AUGACGGGCCAGUCAACUCUCGCAACAACUGCAGCGACCAAUGAGACAGCACCAUCCAUUGCCCGCGUCGCAUUUCGGGUACCACCCUUUCUGUCAGCGGACCCCGAGCUGUGGUUCAACGUGCUGGAAAGGAACUUCGAUGCCUCCGGAAUAACGACGGAAGCAACGAAGUACAGCCAUUUAUGCAGCAACUUGGACAUGAGGUACGCGUCGGAGAUCAGGGAUCUUAUCGCCACACUACCAGCCGGGGAACCGUACACCAAGACGAAGGUCGAAUUUCUCAAGCGGCUAAACGUCUCUCAGGAGGAGAAGACGAGGAAGCUCCUGGAAACACAGGGCGACAACGUCGUCAAAACGUUGUGUCUGAGCCACUUACCAGCCCACGUGCAGGCGAUAUUGGCGGCCCAGCCCAACAAACCGCUGGACGAGACCGCCGUGCUCGCUGACGCUAUCAUGGUGACGGUACGCGCGACACAGCCGUUCAUCACUCCUCAGGUAACGGCGGUCGCUCCCGCGUCUCUACCAACACCGGCACAGCCGUCAUCUUUAGAGACUAUGUUCAUGCAAGUGUGCUCAAUGAAUGCGGAGAUGCGCCAAGAGAUCGCCGAGGUGCGCCGCAGCCUCCUUGCAGAACGCGCGCACCGUUCGAGGUCGCAGAGCAGAGGACGAGCUACACCUCGAGGCCGAUCCCAGUCACGCGGAAGGACAGGGAAUCCAGACCACUGCUGGUACCGUCAAAGGUUCGGUGCCGACGCAACACGAUGCCGACAUCCCUGUACGUUCGCGGGAAACGGGACGGACCGGCGCUAA